AUGAUUAACAAACUAAUAGUCUCACUUUGUCUUAUUGGCUUAACAACAGCUGUGACAUAUGAUUCUUCACUAUAUUGUGACUGCUCAGAACUUGAUUAAACUGAUUGUGCAUCAGCCUUAGGAUAUUGUCUAUGGAAUUCAUCAGAUUCAGAAUGCUAAGAUUUUGAUUUAGACUGCGGAGAUAUUACUGCAUCAGGCUCUUGUGAUGUAUUUGAUUCUUGCUAAUGGAUAAAUGGAUCUUGUGAAGAUGUAGAAGAUCUUGAAUGCUCUGAUGGUUCAACAUCCAAUAUUUGUAGAAAAAUUGAUGAAUGUUAUUGGAACAAAGAAAGUAAAUGUUCUAGCUUUUCAAAGUGUGAUGAUUAUAAUGUAGAAGAUUGUCCAUAUGGAUAAGGUUGUACAAUAACAUCUGGAUCUUGUGCUGCUGUUCAAUAUGUUACUUGUUCAUCAUUUACUACAGCAUUAACAUGUGAUGGAUAGGAUUCAAAAACUUCACGUUGUGCUUGGGGCAAUGAUAACACAUGCAAAUCUUUGAACACAGACUAUAGCUGUUCAGAUCUUAACAAUUUCCAAAAUAUUUGUAAUAACUCUGGUACAUGCAUAUACGAAUCAAAUACUUGCCGUGAAAGAAAAUGCUCAGAUAUUACCAAUUCAUUUGCAUGUGAUAGAAUUCGUUCAGCUGAUUAUAAAUUUACUCUAUGUUCAUGGACUAAUGGUGCUUGUGCUGUUGCUGAUGCCUCAACUCUGACCUAAAAUGAAUGCUAUUAAAAAACAUCUGGUAAUUACAAAUGGGCUGACAAUAAAUGUGUUUAAUGUGAUGAAUUGAAUGAUAAGUUUAGUGAGAGUAAUUCAUACAUUCUUGGAGCAGUUGCACUCUUAUUUAUCUUAUUAGAGUGAUUU